GACACCACAAUAGGUUCUAGCAAAAGAGAGCGAAAAUCAACUUGCAAUCAACUUCCCAUAGCCUGUUGCCACAGAAGCUUACCAGUCAUUAUAGAGACAGAGAUAGCCAGCAUUGAUGAGUUUGAUGACUGAUGAGAUACACCAAUGCCGAGAACUGGUUCUCAAUAAUUUUUUCCCACUUCUUUGAAUCACAUAUUGGAAACCAGUGUGGUGUUGAACUUUGGGUGGAUUGCUUAUCUUUCUUUUUCCAUGGCCAACCUGGUUCGCGCAAAUGUGGACAAUGAAAUGGUCAAAGCUGUUGCUGCAGUUGUCCUCAAGGGGCACUGGGACAAUCUUUUGAAGCCUAAGAUCGGUUCAUUUGUGACUUCCACCACUAUUAGUCAAGCUCUUCUUCAUAUAUCGCAAUAUUAUUUCUCCCUCUCAUGGUCAUUCUUUCGGUGGGCUGAAUCAGUUCCCAAUUACAAGCAUUCGUUGCAAUCCUCUUGGACUAUGAUUUACAUUCUCACCAAACAAAAACACUUCAAAACUGCACAAGACAUGCUUCAAAAGGUGGCGGUAAAAGACUUUUUAUCAUCACCGACUGUUCUAAAUGCACUUGUGAGUUCCAAUCUGAAUAAUGAUGUGAACUCACAUCUUUUAAGUUGGUUGGUGAUAUUCUAUGCUAAUUCAAAACUACUCCAUGAUGCAAUUCAAGUUUUUGAGCAUAUGAGGGUUUCUAAGCUGAUGCCCCAUACGCAUGCUUGUACUACCCUUCUGAAUUCAUUGGUCAAGGAUGGGUUGACUGAUACUUUGUGGAAAAUUUACAAAAAGAUGCAAAAAAUAGGGGUGGUUCCGAAUAUAUAUAUCUAUAACGUGGUUAUGCAUGCCUGCUGUAAGUCUGGUGAUGUAGAGCGGGCUGAAGAUUUAUUGAGAGAAAUGGAGUUUAAAGCUACAUUCCCUGACCUUUACACUUAUAACACAUUGAUAUCUUUGUACUGCAAGAAAGGCAUGCAUUAUGAAGCUUUGUGCGUGCAGGAUAGGAUGGAAAGAGCACGAGUAUGUCCUGAUAUUGUAACCUAUAAUUCUUUAAUUUACAGUUACUGCAGGGAAGGGAGGAUGAGGGAGGCUAUGAGGCUUUUCAAGGAAAUUAAAGAUGCUACCACUAACCUGGUUACUUACACUACAUUGAUAGAUGGAUAUUGCAGAGCCAACAACGUUACUGAAGCUUUAAGAUUGAGAGACGCAAUGGAGGCAAAGGGUUUGUAUCCUGGGAUUGUUACUUACAACUCAAUUCUUCGGAAAUUGUGUGAACAAGGCCAGACGAAGGAUGCAAAUAUACUAUUAAAUGAAAUGAAUGAGAAGAAAGUCGUGCCUGAUAAUGUGACUUGCAACACUUUGAUUAAUGGUUACUGCAAGAUCGGGGAUAUGAAAUCUGCUCUUAAGGUGAAAAAUAAGAUGUUGGAAGGUGGACUAAAACCUGACCGCUUCACUUACAAUGCGAUGAUUCAUGGAUUUUGUAAGGUAAAGGAUACAGAUGGGGCCAAAGAAGUAUUAUUUGACAUGGUUAGGAGUGGACUUUCUCCCAGUUACUGCUCAUAUUCGUGGCUUGUGGAUGCUUACUGCCACCUGAAUAAUGAGGUAGCAGUUGUAUCAUUGCCAGAUGAGUUUACGAGAAGAGGUUAUCUUGUUGAUGUUUCCUUUUAUAGGGCAAUCAUAAGGAGGUUGUGCAAGAGAGGUAAAAUUGAUGGUGCUGAAAAAGUUUUCCAUAUUAUGCAAACAAAGGGAAUGCUUGGAGAUAGUCUAAUAUAUGCUACUCUUUCAUAUGCUUACUUUAAGGCAGGGAAGGUUGAUACUGCGUCAUAUUUGUUAGAGGACAUGUACAAAAGAAGGCUAAUGAUAACCCUUAAAAUGUACAAAAGUUUUAAUGCUUCUUACUCUGAUGAGAAUGCCCUUUUAUAUAUGUUUUGGAGUAACGUGGUGCAAAGAGGUCUGAUAUCCAGAACUGUUUGCGAUGACAUCCAGCAAUUGAAGAUACUAUAUUAGGAACAAAUUGGCUUCUGAAGCCUUUCUUUCUUGAUACAUGGAUAUCAUAGCUGAAGUAGUGUGCUAUAAGCAUGAGCAGUCUCUGCUAAUAGAUGUGAUUCUGUUGCUGUGCCCUCACAAACUCUCUCUGGAGACAUGAAGCAAGGACAACACUGUCAACUUUGCCCUCUGACUAUGAAGACGUGAUUCCAGGCUCGAAUUAUUUGGAGAGAAGUCUGGAUAUUUCUUGGUUUGUGUGCAUCCAUCUUCUGUCCCCUGUUUCAUGGAGUUGAUUAAAAUCUUAUGCACACACUAGUCCUUCCAAUGGAAGGUUGUUAUCAUGCUACAUAAGUCUUAUAGCUUCUAACUGUGAAGAGCCUGAACGUCACAUCAUUUUCCUCACCAAAUGCUGCAGCAAUGAGCUGAAUGAAACCUUGGAUAUUAAAGGCUCAUUUGCUAUCAAAGUCAUAAUUCCAAUUUUUACAUGAAAAGCUGUAAUAUGUUUGUCAUUUUCUUUACACUUGAUGUCCCUCAAGAGGGCAUUACAAUGUACAAUAUCAUCAGGAGGAGAUUGGCUGUUGUAUAAAGGUGGUUGAGCCAACUUGCCACUGUGCUUCUUUCUGCUGGGAAUCCUGGAAUAUAUCAUAUUUCAGAUAUAUAAGGAAGAGAUUGGCUGUAGUUCAAUUGGACCUUUCACAUGCUUUUCAUGCUUGGACCUUGAAGGUAGCAACUAAUACUUAUAUGAAAUACAUUGUUCGCAAAAUGUGGAAGGGCCUUUGAUUCAGAAAAGGUGUCCUUCAUGCUGAUACUGUAUGUCGAAUUCUUUGCUGCUUGAUAUGCUUUUAAUGGAUGCAACAUGGAGAUAGUCGAACUUUUUCGAGACACAGAAGGAAAAGAUAUGGUUCCUGAUAAGUCACAUUGUGUGGUCUUUUGUCUGCAUGCUCCCAUGCUAGCUUAACUGAUCUUGGAAUCUCGCUUAGGCCACCACAAAGUUAAUUAAGAUGAGCACUCCUUUUAACAAUGAAAUGCAAUAAAAAGACACUGCAAAAUUAUGGGGUGGCGUUACUCAGGCUUGUUGAAUGUGUAAUAACUCAAAAUCUGCUGGACACGCUAGCACUCAAGGGUGUGGCACAACGGCCAAUGAGGUGGGUUAAAAUUGUGGGAGAUCAAGGGUCAAAUUUGAACGGAAAAAAAAUAAUCUUAAGAUCAAUCAAAAAAAUAAAUUCAGCCACAAUGUUUGAUUUGCUUUAGGCCAGUAGUCUUUACGAAUGUGAUAGCUGAGAAUUGUGAUUCUUCGCUCGAUCAAUUCUUGCCAUUACGCUUCAGCUUUAGCAUCUGCCGAGUACAUUGAGGUUCUUUCUCAGGACGUAAGGAAUAGCACGCACAAAACAGUCUGAAAAGAGAAAGACAGAAUUUCAACACAAAAAUCGGUGGAUGAGCGGUAACGGCCGGAGAAGGGGGCAAGUACAUCCUUUUGUUCUCAUUUAGAGCCCGUUUGGAUGGGCUUAAAAAAAGUAACUUUUAUGUAUGAAGUGCUUUUAGAACUUUGAAGUACUGAAAAUUAUUUUUAUAAAUAAGCAGUUGAA